AUCCAACUAUAAAUAACACCAAUCACACACAUAUAUAAGUGCGUAUAUAUACUGAUAAUAAAUGUUGUUCUUUUUUCAAUAAUUAUCUAAAUAUAUAUUUUCAUAUAAAUAAUUCCACACGGAAUUAAAAAAAAAUGUUUACAAUACCCCAAAAAAAUACUGACUUAUAUUCAAAUUGUGGGUAAUUUAGCAUUUAUAUUUAUCCGAAUUGAAAACCAUAUGAAGAUCUAGUAUUGAGAUAAAAAUAAAUAAACGUUUGUUUAUUUAUAACUAAAAAGUACUAUUGCGUAAAAAAGGUGAAACGAUUUUAAAAAGUACUGCUAGGAAAAUUAAUUUUCUUAUUUUAUAGAUAAAUAGAGAUAAAAAGUUUUGAAAAAUUAAAUUUAUAUCAUAGAAGAAUGACGAAAAAUAAUAUAAUGAAUAAAUUAACCCGGAAUUACGAUCAAACAAACACAUGCGAACUUUCAUCUCAAAGAAUUUUACGAUCUAAAAAUCAAGUAAAUUCAAACAAAAGUAACGAGCCUAUAAAAAAUGGUUUUGUACCUCGAAUAUCCCCUAGAAGAAAGAAACCAUUUGAAUCGACAUUACUUCCCGCUUCAAAAAAAAAUCAAGAUCCGAAUAUAAAUUCGUCAUCAACAGAGACAACCACCGAUUCAACGAGUACGAUUUGUAAAGAAAAAUUUCUAGAUAAACUAGAUCUCCAUGUGAAGCCAAAAGACACAUUAACGGAAUCAAUAACUUGUGAACUCUGCGAUAAAAAAUUUUUGAAUGAAAAUAAAUUACGUUACCACGUACUUCGUGUGCAUAAAAUAGUAAAUUACAAGGUGCCAAUAAUUAAAAUAAGUCACGGUUCAAAAACAAAUUCAAAUUUAAAAGCAACGGCGCGAUUAAUAAGAAAGAGAAUUCGACGUUUUGUAUUUAUACGUAAAUAUUGCGAUCUUGGUAAUUUACAGUUUGGUAAAUUUCACAAUCGUUUUGUUACAAAAGCUACCGAAGAACGUAAAGAACGCAGGAAAGUAUUCCGACAGCAGAUUGAACAAAAUUUGGAUAAUACAUUGAAUAGUAAUAGUUGUAAAGAUAUGAAUGAGAUUGAUGACAGAAGCAACUUACAAUUACCAACAUCGACUGUUGAGAUCGACGAGGGGUCAAAGGAUAAUUUAAAUGAUAACCCAAUAUCAUCAACAUCUGAAAAUGGUGAAUAUACAUCGCAAAAAAAUCACUUUAUCAAUAAAUUUAAAGAGUUUGUGCUAACAAAUGGAGAUAUAAUUAAUUUAUCUGCUAUCAAUAAUCUCGAAAAUAAGUCUGCAGACUCUGAUGACGCACUACCGACUUCAUCUAGAAGUAAUUUGUCCAACGAAUUACGUAACGAUAAACUAACAGAAAGACAAAAUACAGAUCCCGGUAAAUAUACAGGGUUAAAAAAAUCAAAGGACACGAAAUCAUCAGCAGUUUCAACUUCUCCAGAUCCUGUUGUACGUAAAGUUUAUCCGGGAAAGAAAAAAUCAAAAGAUUCUGUUGUUUAUAGUUUGUCAUUCCCAAAAGAAACUCAAAUGGACCAAAAAUACUGCAACUCUUGCACUGGAGUAAUGAAACUAAUGAUAGAAAAUUACAAGCUAUCGGAUGAACCAGGCGCAGAUAGAAUAGAUUGUAAGUUUUGCUGUCAUAAAUUUAGGUCAGUAAAGAAACUUAAUCGUCACGUUGCGCUCUUUCAUUUAAAUUGUAACUGCAUACGAGUACCAAACUUUUGGGACAACUCGGUGUCCGUUGAUACAAAACAACUUGAUUUGGCCGGAGAUACAGCUAUGACUUAUCACUGUCAGAUUUGCUCUGCAGACUACAAAGUUUAUAAAAAAUUUAAUUUCCAUCGUUUUUAUGUUCACGAAAUGGAGUCAUUAUCAGAAGAGUUGCCCGAUGGUACACCGAAGUAUCUUAAGGAUAUAAAAAAUAAUUUUAUGGUCGGACCAUGGGUAUCUAGUGCUUCUAAGACAAAUUACUUUGGUAAAAAAAUAAAUAACGAUGAUUACGAGGACUAUGAGUACGACAAUGAUCUUGAAGUUGAUUUGUUUCCGACAGUAUGCCACAAAUGCAAUGAAAUAUUUUUUAAUAACUGCAAAUAUGUUCGUCAUGUAAAUAAUUGCUACAGUGAUUUUCACUUUAAGCCGGCGAAGCCAAUUACUCAGUACCCUGUAACAACUAAAUCUCUUAAAUUUGAAGAGCCUAGAGAGUCUAGUCUUAAACUUGAAACAGACGGAAAUCUCAACUGGGAAAUAAAAUCAAAUAUAAAAUUACAAUUUUUAAAAAAUAAUGUCCGUUCGAAACCGAAAAACCCGCGUAAUUAUGCAAGUAAUUACGACCAGUUACGUAAGACCUGUCGUAAAUGUAACAAGGAAUUUAAUUCAGUCAAGGAAAUAAAUUAUCAUUAUUUUGUAGAGCAUGCGAGCAAAGAUAAUGUCAAUGGUAAUAAUAAAGAUUCAUUGUUGAAAAAAAAGGAUAAUAAUGACAAGUGCGAGGAUACAAACGAUAAUAUUGAUGAAAAUACUAUCACUUAUGACAAUUAUAAAACUGAAUCAUGGUAUGGACAUAAAGUAAUUCAUAAGUGGCAAUGUUUACACUGCAAAUUGUCGUUUAAAAUAUUUCGCGCCUACAGCAACCAUUUAUUUUUUGAGCAUAAUGAUGAAUCGUUGGUACACAUUUGCGAGAACUGCGAUGAAAUUUUAACGUCUAUUGAUAAAGUCAAUAGACAUAUAUGUGUUAAUGUCAGUUCUUGGAGUUGUAAACUGUGCGAAGAAAAGUUUGCAACAAGUAUGGAGUUCCGGGCUCAUAAUACGAAAAAACACUUCGAAGUUGCUGAGCCAAACCUUUGUUUGGGCUGUGGUAAAAAAUUUUUGACCCAUUACAUGGUACUGAGACACUGGAAGAAAAAUACCUGCGCUUCAGAACGUGUUAUUGAGGAUUUAAUCAGCUCGUAUCAGACUGAAGAUCCUGAGGAUGUUGAGCUCUGUAAUGAGAAAGAGAAAAACGAAGACAAAGAUAUCGAUGAUUACAUUAUUAGUAUUGUGGAUAAUAUUACAAUGGAUUCGGAGGAGGAACGGAAAAGAGUUGAAGACAAAACUCUUGAUGAUACAGGAAAUCUUUCAGAAAUCUUACAGGCUGUUAAUCAGGAUGCAGAAGAAAGAACGACAGAGGCGGCGAUUAAAUCGAAAGAAAGUGAAACUUCAUUUGAAGCUGAUGUGGAAAAAAUAAUAAAAGUAUUAGAGGAAAAAGAGGAAGAGACUGCUGGUGAUAAAGUGGAGGAGACGAAAAAGCAAGUACAAGAAACAGACGAUGAAACAAUUAAAGAAUCAAUUGAAGAAGUAAUAAAUGAUGAUACUGCUGAUGAACAAAUUUUUGAUGAUGUUCCGAUGGACGAGGAAUCUAUUGAAGAGACGAAUGAUGACGAGUCAGAUGACAAUUCUGAAGAUGAUGAUGAUAAUGGCGAUGACGAAGAUUUUGAUGAUGAAGAGCUCGAAGACGAAGAGCUAGAUGAUGAGGAGUUUGAUGAAGAAGAGUCAAUAGAUACUUUUGAAAUUAGUGAUGAAUUAAAAGCAUUAAAUGAAGAUAAUUAUAAUAAAUUGAUAGAAAUAAAUGAGAAAUGCAACAAAGUUGUUAAUUUAAAUGAAGACACUUAUGACGAAUUAGAGGGAAUAAAAAAUUAUGUGUUGAAAAACGAACAAAAUCCCAGUGAUAGCUGUCGUAAGUCUGAUGUGUCAGAUAAUUCAAAUAAGCGGAAAAGAACCAUUGGAGUUACCAACGAUGGUGUUGAGUCUUUGGUGGAUAAAAAGAAGAAAUUAACAAAAAUUAAUGAUAAUUUUAAUGACCAAGUUGAUAUAUCAAAUGGCCAAGACAAAACGACAAGUGUGAAUAAUUCAAUAAAGUCAUCUGAUAAAACAUCCACUUCAUCCUUUCGUUGUAGUAUGUGUAAAUUACAAUUUUUAUCAAUGGUAUUAUUAAACAAUCACUUCAAUCGGGCGCAUGUGUCUGCUGUUGAAACAUGUCAGCUUUGUGACAAAAUGUACAUCACAGGUAAUCUUAUAAAGCACAUGGUUAAGGAUCAUUUUAUAAGUUAUACCAUAAUAGUUGAUAAAGUGAUUAAACAUGAAAUAAGUAUUGAAAGAGAUACCAGAGACUUUAUAGGGAUUAUUGGGAAAAUGCAACUCUUAGCACUUUGUAAAUAUCAAGAGCCACCACAAGCCAGCAGUGACGAGUCUGUCGAUUGUUCAGACUGUCCGUUGACAUUUGAAAAUGCUGAUAAAUAUCGCAUACACUAUGUCGAGGUGCACGAUAAAUUUUGUGCACUUUGUCUCACUAAACAUCGUAACGGACACUUUGCGUCGAGACACAAAAUAAAACAUCAUGGCUCGAUUGCUCGCUACAUUUGGUUUGCUAGUAAAGUAAUAAACGCUAUUGGUGAUACUGAUACUUUUAAAGAAGCUGUUGGAUUGAAACCUAGACGAAAAAAUAUAACUGUUAAACAGGAAGAAAAUGAUUUUACACUUAAAGAUAAAAUAUUAGAUGUUUUACAUACAUCAAAACCAGCUUUAGAUAAACUUAAUUCGGAAAUUCAGUCGACUAUUCAAAAUAAUAAAACUAAAAAUGAUCCCCAGUAUUCUUUUCAAUUAACAGAAAAUAAUUCACCGAUAAAAUCUAAUCCAUCGGCAUCGGCAGUAAUAAAUAAACAUUGUACGGAAUUUGAAACUCAUAAAUUUUCUAUGGUAAAUGAAACUAAUAUGACAAAUAAGGACACAGAUAAAUCAACACUAUCGAGUGAAGUUUCAACUCAAGACAAUGGCGAAAAAUUAAUAAUUAUACAGUGUCCUAAUGUAAUAUUGAGAAAAGAAAAUAAUGAUAAUAGUACGAGUGAUUGUAAUGAAGAAGACGAUUCUGCGGAUCAUAAACUUGUGAUAGUAGUCACGGAAAGCGAUCUUGAAAAGUAUAAAAAUAAUUUACAAGAAUUAGCUAAACGAUUUGAUAAUUUGUCACACAUAUUUUCCACGGAUGAAAUCACCCAGUUGUUGGCGGCACAUUUAAAAGAUAAAUAAAUUUUUUAAACUUUAAUUUAUCCAAUGAUAGAUUAAAUUUAAUAAUUGUGUUUAUUUCAAGAUACUUACUUUAUUUUAUUGAAUAUAAAAUAUUUUAAUGCUCUUGAUAAUUGUAUGGAAAUCUCAUCGAUGCAAUUUUUAUCAUUAUUUUUAGUAGUAAGUAUUGUCUAAGUGAAUAUUUUGUAUAGAUAAAUUCUAAAUAAAGAUAGUUAUUAUAAUAAAUGCAUUAUUAAAUA